CAAAAUUAUAUUGUACUCCUCACGCUACUCUUCUUCGUCUUCUUCGCACCCCCGAAAUUUCUCUGAUUCUCUCUCUCCUCCUCUCAGUUAUAACUGUAACUGUAAGCUCUCAUAAGGCCCCAAGAUUCCUCGCCCCCUCAUCUCUCUGAAAAAAGCAAAACCCCUCAAGAAAAUCCAAUGUUUGCCACAAAAAUGCCGGAAAAACUCGUUCGAUUUUCGCCGCCGUAUCUCCUCUUUCUGAUCACCAUCUCCCUCAUUUGUCUGCCCGGAUCGAUUUCUCUAAGGGGUCCGGCGUACUUGGGUUUCUUGUCGAACGCCACUGAUUUUCCUCCAGUAGACUACUACGAUUACAUCAUCGUCGGAGGCGGCACCGCCGGCUGCCCACUUGCGGCAACCCUGUCGGAGAAAUUUAGGGUUCUUGUUCUCGAAAGAGGGGGGAUUCCGUAUGGCGACCCUAAUCUGAUGAACCCCAACGGAUUUCUCACAACCCUAAUGGAGGUCGACGAUUUCAACUCCCCCGCUCAGGCCUUCACCUCCGAGGACGGCGUUCCCAACGCCCGCGGCAGGGUACUCGGCGGCAGCAGCGCCAUUAACGCCGGUUUCUACAGCAGAGCCGACCAAGAUUUCUACAAACGUUCAGGUAUCAACUGGGAUCUCGUAAUGGUGAAUCAGUCUUACGAGUGGGUAGAAAAUGCAAUUGUGUUCAGGCCUAAUUUGAGGAACUGGCAAUCUGCUGUUCGGGAUGCAUUAUUAGAGGCUGGAAUUGCUCCAUACCAUGGAUUCAGUCUAGAUCAUGUUGUGGGCACUAAAAUUGGGGGCUCAACCUUCGACAGCUCGAAUACAAGGCAUAGUGCAGCCGAUCUUCUAAACUACGCAAACCCUUCGAACAUUAAAGUCGUGGUACACGCCAGUGUGGAGCGGGUUCUGCUGACAUCAUCGUCUUCUUUGUCUAAUUCAGGCAACAAGCUUUCGGCCAAUGGGGUCGUCUUUCGUGAUCAGACGGGCUUUUACCACCACGCCAUGGUGAGAGAUAAGGGCGAGGUCCUGCUGUGUGCCGGGGCCCUUGGGAGCUCGCAGCUUCUGUUGCUGAGCGGGCUCGGGCCCAGGCCCUAUCUAGCCUCGUGGGGAAUACCUGUGGCCCGCCACUCCCCAUAUGUCGGUCGGUUCAUGUACGACAACCCAAGAAACGGGAUCUCGAUUUUGCCGAGAAUGCCCUUGGAGCAUUCCCUGAUACAGGUCGUGGGCAUCACAAGCUCCGGGUUUUAUCUUGAAGCUGCCUCGAAUAUUGUCCCCUUCACUUCUCCAGCCCGGCCCGUAUUCAUCAGGGCACCGGGCUCUUCAACUUACCUCACUGUUGCAACUCUGAUGGAGAAAAUAGUCGGGCCCUUCUCUUCGGGUUCCCUUAGGCUCGCAUCCACCAAUGUCAGGGUGAAUCCGAUUGUCCGUUUUAACUACUUCAGAAACCCAAUCGACCUUGAACGUUGCGUGAAUGGGACCCGGAAAAUUGCUAGUGUUCUCAGGGGCCGAUCCAUGAAUAAAUUCAGGUUCAGACAGUUGUUCGGAGCUAGGGAAUUCAGGUUUGUCGGGCCUGUGUUGCCAAACGAUGAGUCGGAUGACGAGCGUAUGAGGGAGUUCUGCAGGCGUACAGUGAGCACCAUAUGGCACUAUCAUGGGGGCUGCCUCGUAGGGAAGGUUGUGGACCGAGAGCUGAAGGUUAUGGGGAUUGAUGCUCUCAGAGUUGUGGAUGGCUCGACUUUUACGGUCUCGCCUGGGACUAAUCCUCAGGCUACUCUUCUCAUGCUGGGAAGAACCUUUUAUUGUGGUUUUAGCAUUUUGGGAUAUGCUCUCUUUAAAGUGUCUAAAUGUGAAACCUCUGAAGUUGUGUUGAACAUGAAGAUUGAAAUGCCAAUACAGGUUGACAUCACAUUAGCUGUUUGCAAAAAUUAUCAAGAAUUAAUUUUGAUUCUGACUCGACUUUCUUUCCCUACUGUUAUGAGUCAUUUGCAAAAACCGAUGUUCAACAAGUAG